AGGAGAGGAAACGAGGGAUGAAUGGAGACGCACCCUGUUUUCGUGUCCCCUGGCGGAAACCUUUACGGCCAGCCAUCACCGUCCCGUUUCUCCGUGGGCUUCGCCAGGGUAGUGCUUAUGCCAGCGUUCCUCCUGAGCACCUUUUCCAACGCUGUCCAGUUGAUCGGAGGAAACAUUACGAUGGUGCAAGGGGGGACCAUUGUCUUACCCUGCAAACUCACUGACACCACGGAAUCCCUCACCCAGAUUUCAUGGCAGAGGAAAACUAGAGAAAAACUCCAGAAUGACGACUUCUUUACGAUCAUGUCAGAUGGACCACAGUUUGUCAAUGGACACGAUAAGCGAUUUGAAUUUAUUGGGAGCUUUGAUGACAAGAAUGGAUCUCUCCAGCUAGCUGAUAUCACAUUGCUGGAUGAAGGCAUCUACACGUGCAUCUUCACUUUGUUCCCCAGUGGAAAUUACAAGACUGAGAUACCUCUAAACGUACUAGUGCCUCCAGUCACACAUGUGGAGGAUAAUCUUCCUAUUUUGGGUGACGAUGAAGUUUCCCUCGCUACCUGCACGGCUGCUAGUUCGAGGCCUCCUGCAGAGGUGAGGUGGCUCACUGGUACCCUGGCGGAUAAAGUGAGGGCAACAACCAGCUCGAUCCAGCAUGCCAACGGUACGACUACCACAGUCAGCUCGCUGCUCGGAGUACCUUCCAGAGAAAUCAACCAUCAUUUGGUCCAGUGUGUCUUCACCAGUCCCGCCCUGUCGAAAGAGGAAACAGUGCCCUUCACCAUACAGGUCUACUUUUCACCCAUGGAAGUGAACAUAGGUGAAAGAUCCAAAGACUCACUGCAGUGUGUGACUGAAGCCAACCCAAAGGCCAACUUUACCUGGAGAAGAUCUGGCCAGUCUUGGCCUCAGUCUGCCGUCAGAGUUGAGGGAUCAACGCUGCAGUUUCUGAGCAUGAGCUCUGACCUGAAUGGCCUCUACCAGUGUGAAGCAUCUAACCUAUAUGGAAAGGACCAUGGUUACCUCUAUGUGCAUGUGACUUCAGGAACAUGCACCGCUUGUUGGACGCUAUUUAGUAUUUUGCUUUCCCUGAUUGUCAUUGGUGUUGCUGCUGCAGUAUGGUAUCUUCCUAAAUCUAGGAUGUCUCCCAGGGCAUUAAAGGGAUCACGUGAGCAGAUGCAGAGGGUCUGCAAAACUUCCAGUGGCUUUGAAAAGGCACAGAGAGUAGAAGAACAAGAAACAGUAGAAGAAGAAGAAGCGAGAUCUCUUUGACAUCCUUGGAAGCAAGAAGAUCAUCCGCAGGCAAUUUACAGGCUCCACCAUGAAACAUGUGUCAUUCCUGAGUCAGCUGGUUAGUGAACAAGUACAACAGUCCAGGUGCUGUUUAUCUGUUUAUAUGUUUGGCUUUAUAUUGCUUAUUUUAUCCUAGUGUACAUUUUAAUUUUGGAGUUUUUGUCCUGCUGUGGUCAUGGGUCAAUACUUCAGUAAUGUCUACUGAUGUCUAUUUGGUGCAGUUGGCACAAAUCUAUAAAGUGCUAGUAUACAGCAGAAGAACUUGUCAAGAAGAACUUGACGUUAUAGUUUGACUAGAAGGGAAAGUUAACUGACUCUCACUGUUGAAGCCAUUGCUUUUUUUAUGUAGGAUGUGGUUUCAACGGUCUGUCCUUAGACAGAGCUAAUGGUACUUGGCUGCUUUACAUACCCCCCCCGAUUAACUGUUGAUAAAAAAGUAUCCAGGGACCUCGCAGCAGGUUCCCAUGUACACAAGAAACCAGGUUCGAAAUUGGACACUUAAUUGUUUACAUACACUGUAAAUCAGAGUAUCCAUGCAGCAGGUAACUAUUCAGAUUUCUCCCCACACCUGUCACAGCAAUAUUUUCCUUGGCGAUUAUUUGUUAUGACUAGAAACUUGGUUAUACUGUAUGUAUACAUGAAAUCACAGGAGAAUCUAGCUAUUCCUUCUAAUCCUUACCUCAGUUACCAAAAUCUACAUGACUCUUUUAGAAAUCAGAUGAGGGGAUCUACACAAUAUCGGCAGGUGGUUUUAAUGAUGUGGCUGAUCGGUGUAUUACUUUGCCUGGUCCCCAACCGAUUUUAUUUAUAAUAACACUUAACUUAAACAUCUCUAUUUAUCUAUUAAAGUAGAUGUCUGUGCUCUGAAGGUAUGAUCACACUGAACGUACUUACUCAGUGCUUUGAGCUGCUUCUGAAACGGCAAAGCAUUUUUUGAGAUAUUCUACUCGUACCAUCUAUUGCGUGGUAUCAUAUAAAGGGAAAACUGCAAAAAUUGCCAAAAAAAAGUGUGUCUACCACAUGUGGUUAUGUUUUAGUAGUUAUUUUUUUUUAAUAACUAGGUCGAUAAAACCCUGUGUGAAGCAGGCUUUUAUCUUUCCGAUAAGUCUGGUACCUAUUCUAUUUUGAGCUCCUCAGUUACGAGUAUACACACUGAUAUGAAGACAGACUGAAGUCAGCAAGAAAAGGAUUUUAUUACAUGUUCAAGUUCAUUGAAGGUCAAAAUUAAGUUCUGUUGCAAUCAAUGCAGAAUUCUUUUCUAUGAUAAUCCGUUAAUCCGUCUUGUGCCUGUUCCAAUAACUUUGCUGAUUGAUCUGAGAAAGAAGCACGCUUCCAGGUCAAUAGUGGACAUGUGCAUAACCUGUAUUUGUUAGAGCUAGUGAGUAGUCAACUCGAGUAUAGCCAUGCUAGCCUAUACGUAGGCACAGCAUUACUUUUAACUUAAAACUAAUAAAAGCAUGCUAACAUACUCAAUCUCACAAUGUAAAUUUGCUAAAGCUUAGCAAGUAAUGUUUACAAUGUUGACAACGUUACCUUAGUUGGUUAGCAAGCUAACAUUAGAUAAUUACCAAGUCACAAAGCAGUGUGUUCGACUAGCCAAGAUUGCAAUCCUUACAGAAUCCUUAAAAAUGAGUGGUUACUUAGGGUGAACAAGUUAUAUUCAAUUUGUAAUCAAUCUAAUUAAGACAAUUCACUCUGAAUCAAAAAUAUCAGCCUGUUAAUAGUACUAGGGAAAAAAUUAGGGGAGCACUAAAGUUAUUAGGGUAUACCAUAUAGGGACCAUGAAUGGCUACACCAAAAUUGAUGUCAAUCCAUGGAGCAGAGGUGAUAUUUCACUGAGCUAUUGAAGCGUUGAGUUAGAAAAUCUGUAUCUUUUUCCCCAAUUUCCCCAAUAAAACUUGUCCUAACUUACCACUAUAGCACUGCAUGUGGUCAAAAACUCUACACGGAAACUUUAAUCAAACCAUAUAAAUAAGGAAGAUAAACAGAAAUUGAGAUAAAGUGCAAGUUCAAGGUGAAAAAAAUUUGACAGGGCAGAACAAUAAAUCAAAUAUGCCUUAUUGCCCCUCUCUUUCUCACACUCACACUCACACUCACUCACAGACACACACAGUACGCAUUAAAGUGGCAUCACACAGCCAAUUUUCUAUAUUGUUCGAAUAAUGAAUAUCUCAGUUUAUUGGUUAUCACAUGAUCACAUAAUUAUUUAGAUGACGUGUGCCUAUUCUCGCUGAAGCUGUAAAUUUGCAGGUCUAACAAUUAGGUCAUCAGCUGGUUUCCUUUCACCUAUGCAAACCAAUUCAAGGCCAACUUAUUAAUAUACUACACACCAUAAAAGAAACACAAAGUGCUUUAUAUGCCAUGUAAAAUUUAUACUAACUACAUCUGAAGAGAUUUCAAAUUUCUGACUGAACUGUUGGAAGUUGAGUUGCACUAUAGUUCAUGUAGGAGCAAACAGUUGGGGUUUUUUUUGUUUCUUUUUUUUAAAAUUUAAACUCCUUUAAUCAUUAAUGAAGUGUGUUGUGUGUUUAGUUAUUCAUGUAGUUUUUUAUUUAAGUUUUUAGAACAGAACAGACCUAGGAGAUGCGUUACUUCCCACACUGAUGUGUACAUUUUUUUUUUUUUUUAAAGUUGUGUGGCUUUUCAUUUUAAAAUGAAAAGCUUCUGCUGAAGGGAGCACUGUUGAACUUUUUUGCCAG